CAACAAACAACAAAUGAUUUUGUAUUUGUUGAUGGUGUCGGAAUUUUGUCAAGUGUUUAUUUAUUUCAAUUAAUAAAAGUAUUUAUAUAAAUAACUACACAAUGGACACGGAGCAACAAAAUGAAACAGUCGAGCCAGAACCAGAGCCAGAAGAGCCUCAAACACAAACUAAAAUUGAUACAAAACCAAAUGAAGAAAAUGAUUUAGCAAAUGUACUCACUGCAGAGGAAUACCUUACCCAAAAGAACAUUGUCCUUCUUGAUUAUGAGCGGCAAAUGUUCGUUGACAUGGUCCAAUCAGAUGGAUUAGUCGUUUGUGCAAAAGGCCUUUCUUACGAUAAAGUCAUAACCAACAUCAUGAAUGCAUACAGCGAUGCCGGUAACUUGAUCUUAGUGAUUAACUCGUCGGAUUGGGAAGAGACUUAUUACAAAUCAAAGCUAGACAAGAAAUACGUCCAUGAAGUUGCAAACACAGCUGCUGAAAGGGAACGUGUGUAUCUGGAAGGUGGGAUUCAAUUCAUAUCCACUCGGAUUCUUGUUGUUGAUUUGCUAAAGAAUCGCAUUCCCAUUGAGUUGAUCAGCGGUGUAUUUGUGAUGCGAGCUCACAGCAUAGUUGAAUCCUGUCAGGAAGCGUUUGCACUUCGCCUGUAUCGACAAAAAAACAAAACUGGCUUCAUAAAGGCAUUCUCCAGCAAUCCACAAGCUUUUACAAUUGGUUAUUCACAAAUCGAACGAACAAUGAGGAAUCUCUUUGUCAAGGAAUUAUACAUCUGGCCAAGAUUUCAUGCUUUGGUUCGUGCAUCUCUCAAACGUUUUGAAGCUCAAACUGUAGAACUACAUGUGCCAAUGUCUGAAAAGAUGAUCACUAUCCAGGGUCAUAUUUUGGACAUUAUGAAUUAUUUGGUGAAGGAAAUCAAACGAAUAAACCGUACAGUAGAUUUGGAUGAAAUCACCGUUGAGAAUUGUGUGACGAAACAUUUUCACAAGAUUUUGCAAGCUCAGCUGGACUGUAUUUGGCACCAAUUGAAUUCACAGACAAAGUUAAUUGUUGCCGAUCUAAAAGUCUUGCGAAAUUUGAUGAUUUCUACCAUCUACAAUGACUCUGUAAGCGCCUAUGCACUCAUAAAACGCUACAGAACAACCGAAUAUGCUCUCAGCAACUCUGGUUGGGUUCUACUUGAUUCCGCAGAGCACAUGUUCAUGACAGCUAAGGAUCGUGUAUACAACGACAAAGGCGAAUUCAAUCCAGAACCAUGUCCAAAAUGGAAAAUAUUAACAGAAAUUUUAAAAACUGAAAUACCCACCGACAUGAAAAAAACAAAACCCAAAAAUAUUUCCCCACCAAAAGUACUUAUCUUGUGUCAAGAUUCAAGAACUUGCUAUCAACUGAGACAAAUGUUAACCGGAGGAGGCGAAAGAUUCCUUCUCUAUACAGCAAUGAGAAAUGAUAUUCCAAUUGGAAAACUAUCAAAAUCCUAUCAGAAAGUACAAAACAUCAAAAUUCCCGAAGCAAAAAGUUCCAGUUUUUCAACGAAGAAAACUCAAGAAACACCAAAAAACAACCAACCUCCAACACAAGACGUAGAAGAAGAAGAAAAUGAGCUCACACAAUUACUUAAAAAUGAUAUUCAUCCUGAUGAAGAAGUUUUCCAAGAAAGUUAUAUGUUAACUAUGACGCAACAAGAAACCGAUAAGUUGGACUUGUUGGUUGGUGGAGGAGACGAUAGCGAAGAGGAAGUUGAAGAGCCUACAAUGGACAACUCAGUUUUUGAACCCUUUCCAGAGAUGGAAAACCUGGAUAUUACAGCAACAGUUGCCACAAACAAACAACCUCUGAUUUGUAUUCAAACAUUUAAGACUGAACGAGAUGGAGUGAUGGCUUUGGAUAAAAUAUUAGCUGAGAUCGAACCACAUUAUGUGAUCAUGUAUCAUUGUAAUAUUGCAGCAAUUAGGCAAUUAGAGGUUUACGAAGCACGUCUGCGACGACCGAUAGUCGAGAGGUUAAAGGUUUAUUUUUUGAUUCAUGCCCAAACGGUUGAAGAGCAGUCUUAUUUAACAAGUCUACGAAGGGAGAAACAGGCUUUUGAACUUAUUAUAGAUACCAAAAGUAAAAUGGUUAUCCCAGAGUAUCAAGAUGGUAAAACUGAUGAGGCAUUUGUCUUGCUCAAGCAUUAUAAACACGUCGAAGAGGAAAGCAAUGCAACUACAAGGAAAGCCGGCGGCCAGGUUGAUGCUAUUCUUGAAUCACCAAAAAUUAUAGUUGACAUGAGAGAAUUUCGUUCGGACUUGCCUUGUUUGAUUCAUAAACGGGGGAUUGAAGUCCUUCCGGUUACAAUUAUUAUUGGUGAUUAUAUUCUUACUCCAGAGAUUUGUGUUGAAAGAAAAUCCAUAUCGGAUCUGAUUGGUUCUUUGAACUCAGGUCGUUUGUACAAUCAGUGUAUUCAAAUGCAACGCCACUACACAAAACCAAUUCUACUAAUCGAAUUCGAUCAAAACAAACCAUUUCACUUGCAGGGCAAGUAUAUGUUGUCGGCUAAUACUACGACAACAAAUGCUGAUAUUGUUAAAAAACUCCAGCUUUUGACUAUACACUUUCCGAAAUUGCGACUUAUUUGGUCCCCAAGUCCCUAUGCUACAGCUCAAUUAUUUGAAGAACUAAAACUGGGAAAACCAGAACCCGAUCCAAAAACUGCAGCUGCAAUUGGUUCAGAAGAAGCUGGAGGAAGUGUCGAUGUAUUGGAUAAAUUCAAUUCGAGUAUUUUUGAUUUUAUGCUACGUUUGCCGGGUAUUAAUUCAAGAAAUAUACACACAGUUAUGCGGAAUGGAGGAAAUCUAAAGCAAUUAUUGGCUAAAUCUCAGGCUGAGCUAUCAGAACUUGUUGAAUCACAAGCAAAUGGAAAAAUGCUUUAUGACAUUUUGCAUGUUGCUCAUUUACCACAAAAGGACGAGCAGGUCACAUCAGGCCCAGGAUCCUCAAAACCUUUUCAAUCGAAAUUCGGAAGAGGAGGACGUGGAAGGAGCAGUUGGAAACGUGUAUAACAUAAAAUUAUAACAUGAAAUAAAAAAAUAAGUUUUUGUUGUAUUGAUAUAAAAUUUGUUGAAAGAUUUAAAAGUAUAAUAAGUUACAAA